UCGGUGCCGGCAUCGUUGGGAGACCACACGAUCCUUCACCAGACACCUCCUGGCCCCUGCCGGAACACACCAUGAUGCACCUCGUGCUGUUGGCAGCCCUGGCGGCUUAUGGCGUCGUCGCUGUGCCGAUCCAGGCAGAGCAUGACCUGGGCAACAUCGUGUUCGCCAGUGUGUUAUUCCGACAUGGUGACAGGACGCCGACUUCAAGCUACCCCAACGAUCCUUACAACGAUGAGGCCAAAUACUGGCCACGGGGAUAUGGUCAGUUGACCGAGAUCGGUGAAGAGCAGCACUACAGGCUGGGCUCGUACCUCAGACAGAGAUACUCUGACCUGCUGCCUCUGACGUACAACACCAAUGACACCUACAUCAGGAGCACGGAUGUGGACCGUACCCUGGUGAGCGCCCGUUGUAACCUGGAGGGACUGUACCCGCCGACAGAGAGGACCUUGAGCCAGCCCAGCAUCAGGUUCCAGGCCAUCCCCAUACACACCGAGACUUCGUCGAAUGAUCAUCUUCUGAUGCCGACUUUAUCCUGUGCCAAAUAUAAGACCAUGCUCUCAUACUUGAAAGACUCCUACGAAUACCAGUGCGUCAUGAACGAGACAGCUCACAUUCAAGAGGAAGUUGCUGCCUUUGCUGGGUAUUCCUCCUUCAGUUCUAAAAUCUACAGGACACUUUUCAUAGAGGAGUUGUACAACUUGACUCUGCCUGACUGGGUGUGGCCCUACUACCCAAACCCUUUGAAGAGCUUGUUCUUGCUGGAAAACUUCAUCGUCGAAGCAGGAACCCCUGAACUUCAGAGGUUGUCCGCGGGUCCGAUGCUGAAGGAGAUCACCGAGAACAUGAAAGCAAAGGCGAAUGCCACGCUCAGUCCAGAUCGCAAACUCUACAUCUACUCGGCUCACGACAAAAACUUAGUUGACACUCAACAAGCUCUGAACGUCUUCAAUGGCAACCUGGUCCCUUACGCAAGUGCGUUGAAAUUUGAACUACACAAGUGCAACGGCAGUUACUACGUGGCGGUGUCGUACAAGAACAGCACGGAGACGGAGCCGUACCUCCUGCAGCUGCCGGGAUGCGACUCCCUGUGCCCUCUGGACCAGUUCGUGGAGCUGACCAAGGAGGUCAUCCCCGACGACCUGGACACCGAGUGCGCCGAGGAAGUGACGGCAGGAACGGAGUACCUCUUCCAGGUCCCCGCCGCCGCCAUCCUGCCGGAGUGGGAGCACUGCUUCCAGAAGCCCAAGUCCGACGACGGCCUGUUCCACUUCCUGUCGGUCAAAACUUCCAGCAAGUAGACGACGACUAGCCAAUCACAAAACUAAUAUUGUUGAGAAUGUCUGCUCUCUGAAUAAAUCAUUGUGAAAAUACUGAAAAUUAAAAGUGUUAUUGCGAUUAUCGGGGAUCAUUAGGAAUAAAAAGAAUUUUAAAACAUAGUAACGUUAAAUUAUAGCUAAGGAACUAAAGCGUAUUGUAACUUAAACCGAUGUAAUUUACAUUUUAAUUAAGAUAGUCUUUACUGUGUUUACCAAGCAUCUAACUCAAAUAAAUGUAGUCAGCAGAGUAAAAUAAGCUAUUAUUAUAUAAUUUAAUUGAUUAUUUACUUUUGAAAAAUAUUAUAUUUAUAAUGCAUCUUUUGUUUUUAUGUUAAUGUGUAUAAUAGAGAGUUUUAGCAUUUAUUUGUGCAUCAUUUCCAAAAACUAGGAAUUAAUUUAAGAUAGUGGAAUACUAUUUUAACAUUUCCUACAUCGGAAAGUGUUCAUUAGUAUUGAUUAAACGAUCAUCUCAACAUCCUACCACUUUAAUAAGGCUCCAAUGCAAAAUAUAGGUUUGUUGUCAUAGAAUGCUGCAUAUGUAUAACAUAUAUUUCUUGUGAAUUUUGCCUACCCUACCAAUCUGACCAUCACAUGUAAUUCUGGCAUCGCAUUAACCAAUUUAAAU